GACUCCAUGAUCUGAUCGCGAGCGCUGCGAUCCAACCUGCGUGUCUCGCACGCGUUCUCAGCGCGUCGUGCGGCGCUCAUAUCCCCGCUCCGAUGGACUGAGUGCGAUACCGUGAGCAUGGAGAGCGUUAAAGCGAAGACGUGCAGCGCUCUGAGUGUGGCCUUGAGAACCACAGCAGACGAAGAUGAAGGCCAAAGCGCGCCCAAGCCCCGUCAUAUGCAGAGCCGGACGGAGAGCCCCACCGAGCUCAACGUACUCAAUAAAGCCUGCAAGAGCAGCUCCAGCCUGCUGCUUAGGAAGAGGAGGGUAAAGAGGCAUGUGUCCAACAUCAGCAGUGCCUUUCACAGUCGCGGUCUGGACCGCCAGACGAUGCUCAGACACCGAGCCAGUCCGCAGCUGCAGCUGUCAGACCGCCAUUGGGUCCGGCAGGACCUGCGCAGGGGAUCCGUUCACGUCCACGACCGGCUCACGGCGUGCUCCCAGCCGCCCCGACCGGUACUGUGCACGGUGGAGAGCACCUCGGCCGAGAUCGCGCGGCGGCUACAACAUAUGAGCGGCAAGAUGGGCUCCGUCCUGCGGCUCAGCGCGAAGACCUGCCCGGAGGUCAGCGGUAACUGCGACGGAGAGUACCCGCUCAGACACCUGCCCGACCAGCCCAACGAGCGAUUGCGGCUCUUACUUCUUGAGUCGCACCGCCAGUACCACCAGGAGUACGACGUCUACUCGAGUCCGGAAGGCGAGCUGGAACGGGCGUCCCCGCAGGACGAGGAUUCGGUGAAGAGAUUCACUGGCUCGGACGCGGAGACCAGCAGCGCUUGCGACGACCUGAGCUCCGGGGCCCGGCUUAGCCAGCACCGAGACUCGCUCAGCGACGACAUGAUUCUGGGCACGGACGCGUCGGCGUUUGAUAGCAGCGCCACCGAGGGCCUGGACACGUACGGCAGCUCCUCGGACGAGCUGGAGCUGGACUGUUCGUCGGAAUCUGUCCUACAGGACGCGAACGAGGUGAACGCGAGGCUGAACGCGCUCAGCAUCGGCACCGAGGCCACGGGGGACGGUCCGGAUGCUGGUACCGAUGGGGAAUCGGACUCCGGCCCGGCGCUGUACGUGCAGCUGCACGGCAAGACUGCCCGGCGCCUGGGGCCCGACGAGAGGCCGCUGCAGGUCCAGAACGACUUUCUCUUUAAACUGGGAUUUAAAGACCCGUGGCGGGUGCAAGAGGAGGGCAUGAACACUGAGCUGGGAUCGCUUCUGCGCUUCUACGCAGGUAAACCUCACAGUAUCGAGUCCUCUGAGCGCAUCCAGCUCUCUGGAACAUAUAACGUGCGUAAAGGAAAGCUGCAGCUGCCGGUGAACCGUUGGAGUCGACGGCAGGUCAUUUUAUGUGGCACAUGUCUCAUGGUGUCUUCAGUCAAAGACAGCCAUACAGGCAAAAUGCACAUCCUCCCGCUCAUCGGAGGAAAGGUCGAGGAGGUGAAAAAACACUCUCACUGUUUGGCCUUCAGUUCGGCUGCUCCGCAAAGUCAAACCUACUACAUCAGCUUCAAUAGCUUCACUGAACACCUGCGUUGGCAUCGGCAGGCUGCGAAGAUGGUGUCUCAACGCAUCAGUUCGGUGGAUCUGUCGUGUUGUAGUCUAGAGAAACUGCCGUCCAACCUGAUGUACAGUCACGACCUGACACAUCUGAACCUCAAACACAACUUCCUGCCUGCUGACCAAACACUGCUGCAGCUCCAAAGGUUUUCACGCUUGCGGAGUCUGAAUCUAUCAAACAAUCAGUUGAGAAGUUUCCCGCUGCCUAUCUGCUCCAUCAGCACUCUGACGGAGGUCAACCUCAGCUGCAACCAUCUGACCUCCAUCCAUCCUGAUGUGGCCAACAUGACCAAUUUGCAGACGUUUGUAUUGGAUGGUAACCUUCUGACAUGUCUUCCGGCUGAGCUCGGCUGUCUGCAGCGACUGGCGUAUUUGGGUCUGUCCUUCAAUGAGUUCACUCAGGUGCCAGUGGUGCUGGAGCGUCUGCCUGCCGUCGAGAGACUCUGUAUGGCGGGAAAUAAACUGACUGUGCUGAUGCUACAAACCUUCCGCCUGCUGACGCUCAAACACGUUGACCUGCGUCUGAAUCAGAUCUCCAGCAUUGUUCCAGACGAGCCGGAGUUUCUGCGUCAUAUGACACAGCUUGACGUGCGCGAUAAUCGCCUGAGCGAGCUGGACACGUCUGUUUUCCCACGGCUGGAGGUUCUGCACUGUCAGAGGAACUGCAUCACACGACUGCGUCUGCGCGGCUGCAUGCUCAAAGCUCUCCAUGCCGCCAGCAACGAGCUGCAAGAGGUGGAAGUGAAUCCUGUGGCCUCCAACCUCACCUACAUGGACAUCUCAAGAAACUGUAUGAAGACUCUUCCUGAUUGGUUGAGUGACAGCAGGAAGCUGGAAGUUUUAGACAUCAGCCACAACCACAUCACCGAACUGCCGGCGUGGUUGUUGUGCAGCGGUAGUUUGAGGAAGAUCUUGGCUGGUCAUAAUCAGUUGAAGUGUUUGCCGGAGCGGGUGGAGCGUCCUCUACUGGAGGUGUUGGAUGUGCAACACAAUCAACUCACUGAGCUUCCCUGUAGUCUCUUUCUCAAGUCAGAGAGUUUAAGGUGCCUGAAUGCAUCAGCCAAUAAGCUGGAGAAUCUGCCCCCCUCCAGUCUAUCAGAGGAGAGUAACAGUAUUCUACAGGAGCUGUAUCUGACCAAUAACCACUUGACAGACAAGUGUGUGCCACAACUGACCGGACACACACACCUGAGGAUUCUGCACAUGGCCUACAAUCAACUACAGACAUUCCCAGCCAGUAAAAUGGCCAAGCUGGAGGAGCUGGAGGAAUUGGACCUGAGUGGGAACAGGCUGAAGGCAGUGCCCACCACCAUCCUGAACUGCAGACGCAUGCACACGCUGGCGGCACACUCCAACUGCAUCGAGGUGUUCCCUGAGGUCAUGCAGCUCAUGGAGAUGAAGUGUGUGGAUCUGAGCUGUAAUGAGUUGAGUGAGAUCACAUUACCUGACAGUUUGCCUCCUAAACUUCAAGAGCUGGAUCUGACCGGCAACCCUCGCUUGAAUCUGGACCACAAAACCCUUGAGCAGCUCAAUAACAUCCGCUGUUUCCGAAUCGACCCGCCCCCCUCAUCGUUCUCAGCCAAUGAGACCACAGGAGGGCCGGCUGUCUGGAGUCACGGCUACACCGAAGCAUCAGGUGUCAAGAACAAACUGUGCGUGGCGGCACUGUCAGUGAACAGUUUCUGUGGCAACAGAGAGGCUCUGUACGGUGUAUUUGAUGGUGACAGGAACGUGGAGGUGCCGUAUUUAAUGCAGUGUACCAUGAAUGAUGUACUAGCAGAGGAGCUACACAGAACCAAGAGUGAAGAAGACUACAUGACCAACACUUUUCUGGUCAUGCAGAGGAAGUUAGGCACAGCAGGGCAGAAACUGGGCGGUUCGGCAGCACUCUGUCACAUCCGUCAUGACCCGACAGACCCGGCAGGCUGCUUCACCCUCACUGCGGCGAAUGUGGGGAAGUGUCAGGUGGUGCUGUGUCGCAACGGCAAAGCACUUCCACUGUCAGUGCUCCACAACAUCAGUAUCAAAGAGGAGUACGAGCGUGUGCGGCAGCACAAAGCUAUCAUCACCGAGGACAACAAAGUGAACGGAGUAACGGACUCCACACGCAUCAUGGGCUACUCGUUCCUCUAUCCGGCGGUCCUGCCUCGUCCGUAUGUCAACACGCUCCCGCUAACACCCAGAGAUGAGUUCUUUAUCCUGGGCAGCAGAGGUAUCUUUGAGGUCCUGGACCCCUGCGAGGCAGUUGAAGCUGUACGAAAAGUGCCCGACGCGCUGGCAGCCGCCAAGAAGCUUUGCACGUUAGCGCAAGCGUAUGGCUGCACAGACAGCCUGAGCGCUGUGGUGGUGCAUCUUAAUGUCGCUGAAGAUUGCUGCUGCUUUUGCUGCUCGGCAUCUUCUGAGCCAGGCUCCGCAAGUCUCCAUCCACCGCCGCAGCCUCCGCCCAGCCCCGGUCCAGGCCUGUUCCCACCGUCCUCCACCGGCAUGCCUCCAUCCUCCUGCAGCGAGAUCAGUUCUGAGGUCAGCGCUUCUGAGAUGAGCUCUGAAGUGGGUUCUACUGCAUCCUCGGAUGACCCCCUGCUCCAGGACGCUCACCUGCACCUUCAUCCUCAAAGCCAACCUUCGCAGCUACAGCAGAACCCACGCUUGCCCUGCUGCAUGCUUCACCUCGUCCCCAACGCCACCAGCUCCUUCCAGAGGCAACUCUCCAGCGCCACCUUCUCCAGCGCACUCUCGGACAAUGGUCUGGACAGCGAGGAUGAGGAACCCAUCGCUGGUGUCUUCUCCAAUGGCAGUCGAGUGGAAGUAGAAGCUGACGUCCACUGUCUGGGCCACCUGCUACCACCUCCGCCUGCUCCACCCUGCACCCCUGAAGUUCCAGAGAAGGUUUCGGAGCCUGUGCCGGAGAUACUGGAAGAGAAUGACAAGGAAGAAGCACAGAAACAAGGAGACAAUAGCAGGAACCCUGCAGGAACAGACGCAUGGACGAAGACCUUGGGGAAGCGAAAAGGAAACGGCUCUGUGGCGCCACAGGAACAGAGCCACAACUUGAUUGAAGUGGCAACCGAAGCUCCUCCGAAAAAACCAGGAGGUUAUUUCACGGCUCCCGCUCAACCCGACCCUGACGACCAGUUCAUCAUACCACCAGAGCUGGAGGAGGAGGUGAAGGAGAUCAUGAAACAACAUCAGCAGGACCAACAGAGACCAGAAAAGAGUGAGCAGCCAGUGGACUACUACGACACACAACUCUGAGACUGCACUCGCCAUAGAUUAUGCGAGAUGACCACUUUAAUUGAAUACCUCAAACAAAAACAAAUAUGGUCAUCGUUUGUUCACCCCUAUGUCAUUUAUAACCCGUAUGCUCAUCAUUUUUCAGUGGAACACAACUAUAGAAGUUUAACAAUGAUGACAUAGCUCUUUUUUAUAAAAUGACCACAUUUGUCAAGCUAAUAAAAACACAUAAGACUUAAAAAGUAUUGUACCUUAUAUCAUAAAUGACUAAAUCUUUACUCUUCCAAGUCUUCCAAAGUCAUAUAAUAGCUUUGUGUGAGGAAAGUUAAUAUAUAUUCAAACUAGUUGUCAUAAUAUGAAGCCUAAAGUGUUUCUUGUUUAGACAUGAAUGCUAGGCGUCUGCAGACAAGAAUUGUGAUGCAAAUUUCAUACUCAGCAGAGUGCUCGCAAUUAACGUGUGCUGCUCGAUUGUUCUAACCAUGCGUACUCUGAAAGCGCGUGCACCUGGAAUUAUUUGCACGAAUUAGUGGGUCUAAAAGCUGGCAACGCUCAAUUGAGCUAUUGCUUUCACAUAGAAGUGCAUUAAAAAAUGGUCUAAAACAGUGUUUGUUCUGGUGUUAGUAGUAACCGAAGAUUAUGCCCCAUUUUUUAUUGUGGUCUUGAUUGUUGGGUAGGCACGAGCUUCAAUAAAGGGCAGUAUUUUUAGUGACUAACAUCUUAUAUUUGACACAAAGAUUUUGAAUGGCUUCAGAAUCAUAAUCUGCCCUUUUGGAGCUUGACAGAUGUGGUCACUGUAAAGAUUCUUUAAAAAAAAUCUCUUCUGUAAAAAUAACUGCAUAUAGGUUUGACAUGACAUGAGGGAGAGUAAAUAAUGACAGAAUUAAAAUUUCUGGGAGAACACAGCACUCAGCACAGUAUCCAGUCAAAUGCUCUGCAAGAGAUGCAAUGUAUGAUGCCACUUCCUGCCAAUAAGUCCACCAAUAAGAACUCAACCGAUCCCUUUAAGAGAACACACAAGAGUGACCUGUGCUCGACCGUGCCUCACCCGUUCAAGAUUUUCACUAGCGUUUUAAGAGCAGUUCAUUACUGAUUACUGACUGUUUAACAUUUAUUUACCUUAAACCGAUGCCUAUGUAAUUCAACACUAGUAUUGCAAUGUUAACUGUCUUUACCAAUGACGAAACUAUGAAUAUUUAGAUUUUUGUUUUUAGUUACCAUAUCUUUUAUGUGAGAAAAGCUACGACAGACGUUUUAAAUCGAUUUAAAAAAUAAAAAUAAAAUGCGUUCACGUAAAUUGUGUUUUACGGUACACACUAGUAAUACCACGAUUAACUGUUGUAGAUAGGGCACUUAAAGUAAUACUGUGUCUCUUCAGUAAAUCAGGGCUUCAGGCCUGUAUAAAAACUAGAAAUUUAGUGGAAAUUUGAAAGACUAACUCCUAGGAGUUGCUUACUCUUUUAUGGUGACUUCGUCACUUUUUUACUAAUCUUCUCUGCGAGAAAUGGUGAUUUUUAUUUUUUUUUUCUCUCUCUCUCUUUCCAAUGAUUGUAAAUAAGAAAAAUAUUGUAUACCAAUGCUUUUUAACGGAACUAUGUGUGUAGAACAAGAUGGCCAUUUAUGCAUACAUGCCAAUAGAAGUAUAUGUAUCAGAAACAUGUACACACACUAGAUGGAAAUGAACUGCGCAUUAUGACAUUACUCUCUGAUUAAUGAGCCUUACACACACACACACACACACAACAAAACUCAUCCAUGUCACGUCACACCAGCAUGACUGUCAAGUCCUGUAAUGCAAACCAAUUUAUCUGUAAGCAAUUGUUCUCCAUCUGACCACACAAAAAGUUCCUGGUUUUGUUAUACAGUAAUAAAUCUUUAAAUUUAUGAU